AUGACAAGUCGACCAUCGUCGCAAUCCGGUUACACGGUUAUCCUCAUUGAUAACGCUAUGUUACCACCUCCCCCGCCUCCCAGCAACUGGCCAAAAUGUUAUCCCAUCGUUUAUCACAAUAUUGAAGCAGAUUUCACAAAUGAGGAUUUUAAAAAGAAACUAAGAAGAUCAUAUUUUCUUUUUAAAUCAAUUUCGAUCACGUACCUAAACGGGGCACAGAUUGUCUUUCAAAUCAUUGCCUCGGCUUUGUACUUAUUUCUGAUGCCUAUCGGCGAUUUUUUUUUACGACACAUGAGCCUUUAUUUUGGUUACAAGAUGAAUAGCGAAAUGAUGUUUCGAUACUAUUUCCUCGGUGAAUCAAUUGUAAUUAUGUUCGGAAUAUUCAUCGGUAUCGGAUUUAUAAAUGAUGGUAGCAGUGGCACGCUGGGAGCCGUGAAGUUAUUUGAACGCGGGUAUUACGUUGCCGGAGUUUUCACUGGCAUAUUCUUGAUAUUCGACGUGGUUCAGACCAUUUUACACAUCAUAUUAACUGCACAGGUCUGUCCGUUUAUAAACACUUUAGAAGCCAAAAUUUCAAGAUUUGUUGCUGCUGAUGUUUUGUUAGCUCGGUAG